UACAAUGGAGGAAAACUACAUAUCGAUAUGGUAUUGUAUGGCUGUAAAGAAAAUGUGAAUAUUGUUUUAUGUAUCUUAAACCUAAAGUAGAGAAUUCCCAGUACCUUCAUGCAUAAGUCUGUCUUUGAUUUAUGAUUACUAAAAGAAUAUUGAUGACAUUAUUGUAAUACAAUUUGUGAUAUGGAUUAGAUUCACUGAGGAAUUGAACAAUUCAUAGGCAUGGCUUCAGUGUCUUUGUCAAAGAAAUUGUCUGAAUCGAGAUAUAAUAACUGGGUAAAGGCUAGUUUAGCAGUCUUGAUUACAAAAGAAGGUAUUGAACCUUUUGUUGAAGAUGAAAUUGAACAGUUUCAGCAGAAAUGUUUAACAGAUAUAUGUAACAAACAGGGUCUUCCACCUGGAACAAAUUGUUUGAAUUGUUGCACAGAAAAUGUAGUCAAGUGUCAUACGAACAACAGAAUUUGUAACAUUAAGCACAGAAAAUGCAGUUAUCAUAAAGAUUCUGCUACUACUUUUCUUCUUGCUGGUUGUCCGAACAAUAUCUGUCACAAUUUCAAUGCUGAAAUACAGAAGGCCCAUAGAUACAAUGGCCCAUCCUACAAAAACACUGAUGCUACACAAUGGUGCAGUAAAUCCUGGGAGGUAGCUUAGUGCUUCAUGCCACCAGAUGGUUAUAAAGAUGUAGUAUCUGCAUCAGAAACAGAUUUUAAUGGAGUCAACAGUGUCAUCAUAAACUGCAAAUGUUUUGAGACAAAAGUUACAGAUGAUCUUAGUAAGAAAGGAAACAUUUUUGACAAGGGUAGAGAGAUUGGUAAAGCUGUCCGACACGCCCCUAUUCUGGAAGUGGUGGAUAAAGAUUUAAAGCAAUAUUUCAUUGACCUUGAUAACCUUCUGUCAGAUACUGGACACUUGAUUUCUGAUAAUAAUGCAAAGUUAGCACGGAAAAGAUUAUCUGAGUUAGAGAAGGAUACAUUGCUCAUUGGUAAAGAUGAUGUGCGGAAAGUGCUUGAUGAUGUUGCAAAGGUCGCACAUGACAACAUUAAGACACAAGGUGAUAAAUUCAAAAGAGAAGCAGAAAAAAGAAAAUUGGAGCUUGUAGAAACAACUAAACAGUCUUUAAAAACAUUGAAAGAUAAAGAAACAAUUACACUAGCUGAAAUUGAAGAGAUAUCAAAAUCUGCUAUUGAUAAACUUGAGAAGCAAACAAAAGUUUCUCUCAAAAGAAUAAAAAAGGCAACUGAUAAAGGAGUGAAAAAAAUGAAAACUGAAACAGAUGAAGGUACAUACAAAAUUUUAAAGGAAUCUGAGGCUGCUGUUGACCAAGUCAAACAAACAGCUAAUGAAGAGUUGCAAAAGGUUUUAGCAGCAAAUAAACAGAAAGAAGAAGAAGAAUAUAUAGCAGCAAAAAAGA